CGAGCACGAGCACCAGACAGGUGCUUACCAAACGCAGCAGUACAAAACUUCGUUAUCAUCGUCUUGUAUUAUCAGUUGUCACGGCGGCGGUGGCAACCGACUCGGUUUCGGUGACCCGCUCAGAGUGUUCAGACACCGUUCGCGUACGCCGCACGUCACACGCACCCCGGAUGUGUUAUCGUUUGUUCGUCGCGUAGGAUGCGAUUGGUUUCUUCCGGACCAUCACGAUUCACGACCAGCCGCCGCGCACAUAGGUACGCCCCGUACGUCUAAAGGAGAAAAGUGACUUUUGUCGUCCCCGUUAUGGAUACGUGGCAAAGGAUGCGGCUGAAACUGUACAGCACUUGUCUGUUUUUCUUGGCCUUGGACUGUUCGGUAGUCAUGGGUUCCGAUGUUGAGAACCAUUUGGAUAUGGGACGCGACUUCUUGGCUCGCGGACAACUUCAAGACGCUUUGUCCCAUUAUCAUGCAGCUGUGGAGGGAGAUCCAGAUAAUUAUUUAACUUAUUUUAAAAGAGGUACAGUUUAUUUAGCCCUAGGAAAAGCCAAAUUUGCUUUAUUAGACUUUGGAAAAGUUCUUGAACUUAAACCGGAUUUUACAGCUGCACGUUAUCAAAGAGGUGUAGUCCUGAUGAAACAAGCUUCUAUUGAAGAUGCAAGAAAAGAAUUGUACAUGUGGUAAUAUAUUGCCAAUGGUGAUUUUUCACGAGAAGCAUACGAUUUAUAUUCAAAACUUGAUGGUCUUGCUUACGAUAUGGAAUUAGCUACCUACUAUCAAGAGAAUAAAGAUUAUGAAAGUGGUAUAAGUUCAUUGGAUCGUCUUAUAGAACAUUGUCCUUGGGCUCCUUUAUUACGUGAACAACGAUCACAGUUGUAUUUAAGUUCUGGAAAUGUGCAACAUGCUAUUAUGGAUUUGCGGACAGCUACUAAACUUCAAGCCGAUGAUACAGACGGUCAUUACAAAUUAUCGAAAAUUUAUUACAGUAUAGGAGAAGUAUCUGAAUCUCUAAAAGAAAUUAGAGAGUGUUUAAAAUUAGAUCCUGAUCAUAAAUUAUGUCAUACACAUUAUAAAAUUGUUAAAAAAAUCGAUAGACUGAUAGUAGACAGUCAAUCAGCAAUUAAUAUCAAAGAUUUUUCCAGUAGUAUUCAAUUUGCAAAAAAGAUAUUAGACUUAGAUAAAGACACUGAACACAUAAGGUUUUUAGCCUUGGAAAAACUUUGCCGCAGUUAUCAAUAUACAGAUGAACUAUCAUUGUCACUGAAGUAUUGUAGCGAUGCACUAGAAAUAAGUCAAACACCAGAUCUUUACUGUUUGAGAGCAGAGGGAUAUAUUGCUAACUCAAUGUUUGAUGAAGCUAUUAGAGAUUUUGAGCAUGCACUUCAUAUCGAUCAGGAGCAUAGACAAGCAAAUGAAGGAUUGAAAAAAGCUAAAAACUUACAAAAACAAGCAGAAAGAAAAGAUUAUUAUAAAAUAUUAAAUGUAAAAAGAACUGCCACUAAACAAGAAAUAAUUAAAGCGUAUAGAAAAGCUGCACAACAAUGGCAUCCAGAUAAUUUCCAAGGUGAAGCCAAAAAGAAUGCAGAGAAAAAGUUCAUUGAAAUAGCCUCUGCUAAAGAAGUUUUGACUAAUCCAGAAAAACGAGAACAAUUUGAUCGUGGUAUUGAUCCGCUUGAUCCAGAAUCCGGGCGUCAUCACCAAGACGGUUUCAAUCCAUUUCAACAGUUCCAUCAAUUCCACGGAAGCCCUUUUACAUUCAAAUUCAACUUCAACUAAUUCUUAUUAUGGUACAAAAAUAAACAUAGGUGCCAUAAUGAGUUAUGUUAUCAUCCCAUUAUCUAGGGUUCAAAAGGCUGUGUAUGGUAAAAUGUAAAUAGAGUAAUGCAUAGAAAAUGUCAUUGUGUAUAACAAAAAUCGUAUAUUAAAUUAUUGUACAUAGUAAAUAAUAAACAAUAACAUCUAAAUACAAUUGUAACAUGGUAAUUUAGUUAAACUGACAUUUUUUUUACAGUUAACAUCUUCACACUCUUCAAUAACAUUGCAAUAUUUUUUUAAAUUAAAAAGAUUGAUAAUUAUUUUUAAUUAUAAAAUAUUUGUUUUGAGUUUCUUUUUUUAUAAAUGGUCUGUUGACCUCAUUACAUAAUUAUCGUGAUAUUUGUUCACUAUCAAUUAGAUUAAAAUAUCAAAUAAUGUUAUUAAAAUAAAUGUAUUUUAAAUUAUUGUUUUUUUCUAUAUAUCUAAAUUCUUAUGAACUGUAAUUUACUUAUUUUUAUCUAUUGUUACCGAAAUAAUGUGUCUAGUCCAAUUUCAAUUCUUAACAAUCAUUGAUGUAAUAAUAUUAUUUCCACGCAUAAACCAGUCUUCAUUGUUAUUUCAACAUAUUUUGUCUAUUAUAACCUGUAAAAUGAGUGUCAUCAAUAUAGGAAUGAGAAUUUCUUGUUACUUAAUAUAUAAAUGUUUUUGAUUGAUAUUAUUUAACAAUAUAACAAUUUAAUGGAAUUUUGCUAUGAAUUGUCAUUGACUCAAUAGAAAAUUUGAUAACUGUUUAUUUUAAUUUUAUACAUGAAUUGAUUGUAUACACUGCAUAUGAUAUUACUCAUUGUAUUUGUCUCAUUAAUGUUGAUUUUAUUUUAUUUCAAAUUUAAUUGUUUAGAUAUUUUUAUACAUCAAAAUUACUAAAACUAUUUCUCAGCUUCCAUGUUAUUAAUUUUUUUAUCAUGACAAUUUUUGUCCGAUAACAUUUGAUGUGAUAAAUCAUUUCAUUAUUUAUUUGUUACACUAUAAUAGUAGUUUACAAGUUGUGUCGUAUGCUCGUUAAACAAGACUGAAAGUUUUAUUUUUUUGCCGAUUUUCUCCUUACAAGUUUUAUAAUUAAUUACCUAUUACAUACACCUCCACAUUAUUUAUGUACUUGCAUAUUUUAGUAAUCUUUUUUGUGUGUUUGUUUAAACUGUGUAAUAUAUUGUAGCUGGUUAAUAAUUAACAUAUUCUAUAGUAUAUUAUUACUAAUUAGGUAUAUUGCAUAGGUAUCCUAUUGAAACAGGAUGAAAUAAUAAGUCCACACUACCUAUCUAUGUAGCUGUGAACUCCACACAUUGCUUAUUAUUAUUCGUUAAGAUUAAUUUUAUAAUAUUUUUUUUUACCUUUUGUCUGUCUAUAAUUUACAUAUAUUUUGUAAAUGCAAUAUUAUAUUAAACGUUAUUAAACACCAUUAUGCAUAAUA